CUGACGUUUAAAACCGAUGCACGAACACGAUCGCAAUCAGUUGAAAACGUGGAGCGCGCGCGAGCAGAACGCAGAUAGAGAUACAUUUCUGGACAUUUUGCAGUGCGCAUUACUCACUCAUCUGCCAGAUACAAAGAUACGUUUCGCAGUACGCCUGACGAUUGCAACUGACAAACUGGAUUUACCACCCAAAAAAAAAAGAAAUAAUAAGAAAUAGAAAACCAAAACAAUAGCCACAACUACAAGUCGUGUUAAGUGAAAAACGAAGCCAAUUGCAGUAGCGACCAAAAACUUUCAAAACCCGAGCCAUAGCGAAAUAGGAAAAGUAGUUCAGAGCGUGAAAAAUACGUUAUAUGCUGCAAAAGUUGUGAAACGAAACGUAUCCGAGAGAUACAACCCCAUUGGGAGAGCCAAAGUGCAGUUUCCAGAAGCAAAUACCAUUUAAAAAUACUUACAACCCAACCGAAACCAAACAAAUAAUAAAGGCUGAAAAAUUGAAUACACCCAAAAACGAAUUUUCCAACAACUCAACCUCGACGACGAUUCGCAAGACAAACUAUUGUUGGAUUAACAUUUUUCUGAUCAAGCGGCGAAACAUUGCGAACGGAAGCGACAUGCAAGUGGAAUCGAGCUAUCCCAAAUACGCCGGACGAGUGCCGCCUCUGGACCUCACCCAGGUGAAUGGGGGUCAGGAUCUGUGGGGCGGCAGUGGUGGCGGCAGCACGUCCGCCAGGCGCCACCUGCAUCAUCCCUACCAAAUGCUGGACAAGUGCCGUGGCGGAGUUACCCUGAUCAGUCCAGCAUCGUCCUCCGCCUCCUCAUCCCUCUCCUCCUGCUCCGCCUCCGCCUCCGCCGAUGAUAACAACAAUCGACUGAUGAGCGCUGAUGAUGGCACCACCAGCCUGCUGCAUCCCAUGGGCUCCGAUGGUCUGCCGCUGGAUCCGCGCGACUGGACGCGGGCGGACGUGUGGAAGUGGCUCAUCAAUAUGGCCGUGUCCGAGGGAUUGGAGGUCACGGCCGAGCUGCCCCAGAAAUUCCCAAUGAACGGCAAGGCCUUGUGCCUGAUGAGCCUCGACAUGUACCUGUGCCGCGUUCCCGUCGGCGGCAAGAUGCUCUACCGGGACUUCCGGGUGCGACUGGCCCGGGCAAUGGCGCUGCUGUCAUAGGGCCAUGCUGUUCGAAUAUCUAUAUCUCGCGGAUACGCAGUCCUCUCUAUGGUUGUACAUAUCUCUAGGAUUCGCUUAGUUUAGUUAUAGUUAUAGUUAUAGUUCAGCUAGCUAUAAUGCCUAGUCGUUAGUUCUGCUCGUCAUCUAAGUAUUAGCGAUAAUAUUCUGCAUUUCAAUGUUGUCAAAGAUUGCGGCCACUUCCCACUUCAUUUGGAUGGGAGUGGCGUGACUUGUAAUUCUACAAGAGAUCGAAGUUAUAAUGCUGUCCUAUUAGUUAACUAAGUUCGCAUAUGAUGAAAAUAUAAAAUGAAAUUU